AUGGCUUUAGCAAGAGGUUUCAUGGCUGCAAAGAAGAUUCUUGGUAGCUCUGUAGCAGGAACGAGGAGAGAAACAUCAGCACCAAAAGGGUUUCUUGCGGUGUACGUCGGAGAGAGCCAGAAGAAGAAGCAGAGAUACAUUGUGCCAGUCUCUUACUUGAACCAGCCUUUGUUUCAAGCUCUUUUAAGUAAAGCCGAAGAAGAAUUCGGUUUUCAUCAUCCUAUGGGCGGCUUGACGAUCCCUUGUCCUGAAGAUACUUUCCUCACUGUUACUUCUCGGAUCCAAGGAUGA